AUGGCGGACGGUCGUACAAUUGUGAGCUCUGAUGAGAAGUAUGAUUCGGGCAAGAAAUUAAUCAUUGAUCAAGAGAAAUAUACUGAUAAUGUUGUGAAAUAUUUAACAGUAAGUGAUAAAGGCAAAUUCAAAUGGAAUGGUCCCUUCCAAAGCCUAAAAAUGUUGAUGACCGAAUUGACAAAGAACGAAUCAAAAUGGUCGGCAUCUGGUGGUUAUUGUAAAUUGCUCGAACUAAACGAUUUAGCUGUAAGAUGGUAUGCAGACAGUAAGUCGCUUACAGUAAAUGGGAAGUUGAGCGACGAUAUUAAAUCCAAGCUUCGAAAUAUUGCCGGCCUAGCACGUCCUGCAGUUGAAGUAACAAGUAAUAACUAUAAAGAAGCCGAACAUGCGGCAAUAAAUACGGGACGCAUGGAUGCAUCUGAUAGUAGCUGUAGCUGUGCUUAUAUUAAUGCUGAUAUGGAGGGUAUUAAAUUAGACCUUACAAUUCUGGAAUCGCGGCUGCUUACUGCAUUGUCGGAAAAUGAAUAUGAGUCGGACAUUAACUUGCUUAGGGUAAAAUUAAAAGAAUUGGAAGGCGUUGUGCGGAAUAAAGAUGAAGUUAAUCGCCGACUUAUCGAGGAGAAUGUAUUUUUUUAA